ACUGGAGUAUAAAACAAAGGAAACCCUAGCCUCUCUCCAGCACAUCCCGCGGCCGCCUCCCUCAGAUCCUCCGUCCUCGCUCGGUCAAGUGCCGCCGCUACCCCCCCCUCCGUCACUCUUCUCCCGUGGCCACCACCCACCGCAUCCGCCGCUCCCCGCCCCUCUCCACCGGCCGGUUUGGUUUGUCUCUGAAAGGCGGCGGCGGCGGCGGAGAUGUCGGAAAAGAAGCGCGGCGGCGGCGGCACCCGCAAGGACGAGGUGGUGACCCGCGAGUACACCAUUAACCUCCACAAGCGCCUCCACGGAUGCACCUUCAAGAAGAAAGCACCAAAUGCCAUCAAAGAGAUCAGGAAGUUUGCACAGAAGGCUAUGGGAACCACUGAUGUCCGAAUUGAUGUGAAGCUCAACAAGCACAUCUGGAGCAGUGGUAUCCGGAGCGUUCCAAGGCGAGUUCGCGUCAGAAUCGCCCGGAAGAGGAAUGAUGAGGAAGAUGCCAAGGAGGAGCUCUACUCUCUGGUCACAGUUGCUGAGAUCCCUGCAGAGGGUCUCAAAGGUUUGGGUACUAAGGUUGUUGAGAAUGAGGAUUAAGCCCUCCCAUGGAUUGAAUCUGCUAGCACUUAGUGCAUAUCAUGAGAGCAAGUUUGAGAAUGUUACCUUAGCUUAUUGUUAUCUACCGUUGAUGACUUAUGUAAUAGAAGAUUCAAGACUUUGCUCAUUUCUUUCAAGUGCUUGAAAUUUUGACUACUUUGCCAAAUCGUGGUAUCUACGUGGCGUGCAAUCAACUUAUACAUGGGGUGUGAUAACCUUGUCCCA